GACCUGGUUCAGUGUUUACUGUGAUUUGCGAAGCAGGUGCAUGUUCAGAUAUGUCUGAAGAGAAGAAGAGGAAGCUUUCAACAACAGCUUCUGAACCUUGUGAGCCAUCAGCCAGUUCACAGAAAAGUGUUGCCGAGUCCACGGGUCCCAGAUGUGUCUCCAUUAAGAGUGAUCGAUCCAGGAUUGAACCUCUCGUCUUUAAAGAUGAGGAAUCAAAAUGGAAACAUUUACAGAGUGCAACGGAGUUCACAUCUGAAAGUUCAGUUUCUGUGCAGAGCGAUGAAUCCACUCACCAGCAGCUCAGUUAUCCCAGUGUGGAUCCAAACAGCUGUCUAAUGUGUAAGAAGGUUUUGAGGGAUCCAGUCCACUUCAAGUGUGGACACUGGUUAUGCAAACAGUGUGUGAGCUCAAACUGGGAUCAAUCUGGCUCACAUGCAGAAAAUCUCUGCCUGGAUUGUGUUGAGAAAUGCCGACUUAAGAAUGUUGAAAGCACAGGGAACAUCCUCCUUGUCAAAGUAAAGGAAAAUUUGAAAAAAGCAGUGAAAAAGAAAUUUGCUCUGACAUUUGAAGGUAAUGGUGACCAAGAAAAUCUACUCCAGAACAUCUACACAAUGUUGUUCAUCACCACCGGAGAGAGUGAAAGACUAAAUGAAGAGCAUCAAUUCAAAAGUAAAUGGAAAACGCAAUCAUCCAAUGACUGUUCAGUCAACCUCAGUCACAUAUUCAAAUCGUUUUCUGUCCAAACCAAACCCCACAGAACAGUUGUGACGAAGGGCGUUGCAGGCAUUGGGAAGUCUCUGGCUGUGCAGAAAUUCAUUCUUGACUGGGCCGAAGAGAAGGAAAACCAAGAUCUUGACUUUGUUUUCAGUCUUGCUUUCAGAGAGUUGAAUUUGAUUUCAGGUGAAAAAAGCCUACAUGAGCUCCUGACUUUAUUUCACCCCACACUGUCAGAACUCAAAGAUUCAGUGGAUUAUACCAAAACCAAGAUUGUUCUGAUCCUGGACGGUCUGGAUGAAAGCAGGUUUCAGCUGGACUUUGAAGGCACUGAGAGAGUAUCAUCUUUCAUGGAAGCAGCACCUGUGAGUAAUCUCCUAGCAAACCUCAUCCAGGGUAAGCUUCUUCCUGAUGCAAACCUCUGGAUUACUUCCCGGCCAGCAGCAGCCAAUCAGAUCCCUGCAGAACAUGUUGACAUGGUGACAGAGAUAAGAGGUUUCAAUGAUCCUCAAAAAGCUGAAUACUUCAGGAGGAGAUUUAGUCAUGAUCCUGGUCUUGCUGAAAGGAUCAUUAAACAUAUUCAGUCUUCACAGAGUCUCGACAUCAUGUGUCAGAUCCCGAUCUUCUGCUGGAUUUCUGCAGUGUUAUUUCAGGAAAUCUUUGGAGGAGAUGUUGAAACUGCAAUUCCUCAAACUCUUACAGAGAUGAUGUCACACUUCCUGUUUGCACAAACAAAGCGUAGAAGUAGAAAAUAUGACAAGAAGGUUGAGACAAACAAAGAAAAGCUUCUGAAGACACACAAAGAAUUUCUUCUGAAACUCGGCAAGCUUGCAUUUGAGCAGCUGCUGAAGAACAACCUCAUCUUCUAUGAGGAAGACCUGGAAGGCUUUGGCAUUGACAUUAAAGAAGCAUCCAUCUACUCUGGAUUUUGCACCACAGUCCAUUUGGAAGAACAACUCUUUUCCAACAAAAGGGUCUUUUGCUUUGUGCAUCUGACCGUACAGGAGUUCUUUGCUGCUCUCUUUGUCUAUGACUGUUUUAUUAACAAUAAUACUACAGAACUUAAAAACUUCCUCAUUUUGGAGGACAAAGACCAUACGUUACUUGAUCUUGUAAAGGUGACAGUUGACAAAGUGCUGGAGAAGAAGAAAAAUGGCCACCUGGACUUCUUCUUGAGAUUCCUUCUUGGCCUCCUAGUUGAACCCAACCGGAGAGUCCUUCAUGGUCUGCUGGCUCUACCAGACCAAAGCCAAGAUACUGACAAGAAAAUCUUGACUUACCUCAAGUCUAUCAGAAGGAAGAACCUCUCACCAGACAGCUGCAUCAACCUUUUCCAGACUAUGGUCGAGAUGAGAGAUCACAAAGUCAAAGAUGAGAUUCAGGAAUAUCUCGCACUGUCAGAUCGUUCAAAAACAGAGUUGACUCCCCUGCACUGCUCUGCGCUGGCCUACAUGCUGCAGGUAUCGAAGAAUGAUUUGGAAGUCUUGGAUUUAAAGAGUUACAACACAUCAGAUGAGGGCAGACGGAGGCUGAUACCGGCUGUGAGGAAGAGUAGAAAAGCUAUGUUAGCAGAUUGCAAAGUGACCUCGGUGUCAGCUGAGCAUUUGGCUUUUGCUCUCAAGUUCUACUGCUCAUCCCUCAGAGAUCUAGACCUCAGUGACAAUGACCUGAAAGAUUCAGGGUUGAAGUUACUCUGUGAUGGACUAUCAAGUCAGUGCUGCAGGCUGGAGAUACUCAGGUUAUCCGGUUGUCUGGUCACAGCGACAGGCUGUGCAUAUCUGGCUUCAGCUCUACAGCUCAACCCGUUUCAUCUGAUAGAGUUGGAUCUGAGCUACAACCACCCAGGAGACUCUGGAGAGAAGCAGCUGUCUAAGCUGAAGAAUGAUCCCCGAUACAAGCUGAGCAAACUCAGUGUUGAACAUGGUGGAAGUCACAGAAUGAAACCAAGCUUCAAGAAAUAUGCCUGUGAACUCACUCUGGACUCCAACACAGCACACACAAACCUGCUUUUCUCUAAUGGGAAUAGAAAGGUGACCUGGAUGGAAGUUGACCAUCCACAUCCUGAUCCCAAAAAACAGCAGGUGCUGUGUGAGCAGAGCCUCAAUGGGCGCUGCUACUGGGAGGUGGAAGUGUUUGGCUUUCUAUGCGUUGGGAUUACAAUCAGAAGAAGAGGCACAGAAGGAAAGAAAAAUGAGUUUAAGAUGGGAUACGAUGACAAAUCCUGGUGUCUGGUUUUCUCUGAUGAUGGUUUUUACAUUCUGCACCGUAACAAGAAAGUAGACGUGCCUUCAGCUGGAUGGCGCUCCAGUCGGGUGGGUGUGUAUGUGGAUUGUUCAGCUGGCACGCUGUCCUUCUACAGGGUUUCUAAUGACAGCUGCAUCCUCCUUCAUAGCUACAAAACAGCCUUUAACAAACCCCUUUAUCCUGCUUUUGAGCUUCACUCUCAGUCGUCUGCUUCAUUUUGUCAGCUAACCUAAGUUUCACCUGCACCUGCAAGUUCUGUCCAUCAAUUCCACACAUUAAACUGCUUUAUGAGUAUCCUAUUGUUUUUCCAAUGAAGUUCUAGGUCAUGUUUCACCUACUGUAGCUACAUGGUAUUCUUUAUUUACUCUAUCUUUUUCUAAUAUUUUUUUUAAUGAUCUGAAACAGUUAAGUGUGACAAAUAUCCCCCACAAAAAAACAAAAACCCAAAAGCUAAGAAAUCAGAAAGGGGGAAAUAUGUUUUUCUGUGCAUUGUAACUACAAUUUGCACUCUUGCUGAUGAAUCUGUUUGGUAGAUUUACAUAAUAUUUUCAACUACUAAGUCAUUCUUCAAAAUGACAAAAAACUGUUCCAACGUCUCCAAUGUGUCAAUUGGUUACACUUUCCCUGUUUUGUAUUUCUCUAAAUUUAAAAAUUAAUAUUUUAUGUUUAUGUUACUUGUCAGAAACAAUGUCAGCAUUUUAAGUUAUGGGCAGUUCUGUUUCAUGUAUUUUUUGUAGAACUUAUUUGUAUUUACUACAAACUCAAAAUCAGGUCUAAACCUCUGAACUCCUAAUCUGUAACUUUGAAUUAGCAAUUUACUCACUUUGAUAAUUGAACAUAGUGCUAAGAAAAAUACAUUCAAUGUAAAUGAGCAUGAUUUCACAAUUACAAAGUUGGAGAUUACAUUUUAAAAAACUGACUAACAGUGCACAAAGAUCUACAGCUGAUUUACGUAAAGAGCAACAAGAUCUACAGAGGAGAACACAACCAGUAGACCCAGAACAUGCACACUUUAAACAGAAUGUUUCUAACCAGAUGGUGGAGCCAAACUCAGGACUGCUGUGAGGCUUGCUACUACACCACCAUGCUGCCCACAUUUGACAUGCAGAAUGUAGAAGUUGCUGUCUGUAUUAAUGUUCUUUUGUCUUCUUUUAUUUAGAAUUUACCUUUCUCUGUUUUAAAUCAAAAUGUGUGUGGCAACUCUGAGCAUCUUUUACAGCAUUUUCACUACAAAUCAGAUGUGUGUGUGAGAGAGAGGCUGUUUCAAAGGCGUUUAGUUUCUGUCCUUUAUUUUUACUUAGGUUGAAGUUUGUGUGGAACAAAUACUGUGUAAGUUAACAGAAGUCUUAGUAUCACAGGUCUGCAAUUAACACAAAUGAGGAAUUUAGUAUUUUAGUAAAUGAAUGUUAGAUACUGGUUGGCAUGUUAUGGUCUGACAGUGAAAAAUAACCAGAAUUCAAAUGUGAGGUGAGACUAUUAGAUGUGAUUCAACAUGUACAAACUGGUGUCCUGUUUUCGAUCACAAAUGGCUGCUUAUUGAAAAAUAAAAUGUUUUUUUUUAAA